AUGACAAGAAGAGAAACUAUAAUUGCUUACGUGGCAGAAUUCCUUAACUCUGACAAGGAUUUGGUAAAGGUUGCUAAAGCCUUGAACAACUACGUGAAGAAGGAAAAGCUUCAAUUACCAUCUGUGGCUGGUGACCUUGCCUCGUUGCUUUCACUGAGUGACUUGGACGACAUUGAAAUGAAGGAUGGUGAUUCCUCAAGUGAUUCUGAAUCCAGCUCUAGCUCGAGCAGCUCGGACUCUGAUGGUGAAGCUGAUAGUGAGUCGAGCUCCAGCUCUGAAUCCGAGUCCGACGACGAGUCGGACGACGAGGAUGCUAAAUCAGUAACUGAAUCGAUUUCAGACACUGAACUCAAGCUUAGCGAGAAGAAGGACUUGGAAAAGAAAAAGAAGAAAUCAAGUUCUAGCAGCUCCGAGUCCGAUUCCGACUCUAGCUCCUCCUCCAGCUCUUCUUCCGGCUCUUCUUCCAGCUCCUCAUCCAGCUCAUCAAGCAGCUCUGAUUCGAGUGACUCUGAAUCUGAGGAUGAAAAGAAGGUAGUAAAGAAGACGGCUGCUCCUGCUAGCCCAGAGUCUGAUUCCGACUCAAGCUCGUCGAGCUCUUCUAGCUCUUCAUCUUCAUCGAGCUCCUCCUCCGACUCGAGCUCUAGUGAUUCGGACUCAGAUUCAUCCUCCAGUUCCAGCUCCAGCUCCAGUUCUAGCUCUAGCUCCAGUUCUAGCUCUGGCUCAUCCAGCUCCUCCAGCUCCUCCGACUCGUCGUCUGACUCCGACUCUAGCUCCAGUUCGGAUUCCGAUUCCGAUUCUGACUCAAAAGAUUCGAAGAAAUCUGGUACAUCAUCUAGCUUCCCAAAGAAGCGCUCUAGCAACUUUGACGACAACGUGAGCAAAAAGGCUAAGAAUCUUAUUGCUGCAACUCCAGAGCCAGAGCUUCAGGAAGGUCAAAGAAAGCACUUCUCUAGAAUCGACAGGUCCAAGAUUGCUUUUGAGGACACAACCUUGCAAGACAACACCUAUAAAGGUGCUGCUGGUACUUGGGGUGAAAUGGCCAACGACAGAUUGAUGCAGGUUAGGGGCAAAGACUUCACCAAGAACAAGAACAAGAUGAAGAAAGGUUCUUAUAGAGGUGGCUCUAUCACCAUGGCAUCUGGCUCUUACAAGUUCACUGAUUAG